AUGACAAAUUUUAUCAUAAAAAAAAAUAUUUUAUUAGCAAUAUUAGAUAAAUCCUUAUUUAAAUUACCAACUCCAGUUAAUGUAUCUAUUUGAUGAAAUUUUGGAAGGUUAUUAGGUUUAUUUUUGAUAGUACAAUUAAUUUCAGGAUUAUUUUUAUCAAUACAUUAUGUUUCUAAUAUUAAUUAUUCAUUUUUUAGAAUUAUUCAUAUUAUUCAAGAUGUUAAUUAUGGGUGAUUAAUACGAUUAAUUCAUAUAAAUGGAGCUUCAUUUUUUUUUUUUUGUGUAUAUUUUCAUAUUGGUCGUGGAUUAUAUUAUGGUUCUUUUAAAUUAAUUUAUACUUGAUUUAUUGGUAUUAUAAUUUUUUUAUUAAUAAUAGGAACUGCUUUUAUAGGAUAUGUUUUACCUUGAGGACAAAUAUCCUUUUGAGGAGCUACUGUAAUUACUAAUUUAUUAUCUGCUAUUCCAUAUAUUGGUCAAAUAAUAGUUGAAUGAUUAUGAGGAGGAUUUUCAGUUGAUAAUUCAACUUUAAAUCGAUUUUAUACUUUUCAUUUUUUAAUACCUUUUAUUUUAAUUAUAUUAGUUUUAAUUCAUUUAAUAUUUUUACAUGAAACUGGGUCUAAUAAUCCAUUAGGAAUAAAUAGAAAUUUAUAUAAAAUCUCUUUUCAUAAUUAUUAUACUUUAAAAGAUUUAUUAGGUUUUAUAAUCUUAAUUAUUUUAUUAAUAAUUAUUAUUAUAGAAUUUCCUUAUAUUUUAGGGGAUCCAGAAAAUUUUGUUAUAGCAAAUUCUAUAAUUACUCCUGUUCAUAUUCAACCUGAAUGAUAUUUUUUAUUUGCUUAUACUAUUUUACGUUCAAUUCCUGAUAAGUUAAGAGGUGUAAUAGCUUUAUUAAUAUCUAUUUUAAUUUUAUAUUUAAUACCUAUUUUAAAUAUAAAAAAUAAAUUUCAAAGAUAUUUUUUUUACCCUUUAAAUCAAAUAUAUUUUUGAUUAUAUAUUUGUAUUUUUUUAAUAUUAACUUGAUUAGGAUCUCAACCAGUUGACUAUCCUUAUGUUGAAUUAAGACAAAUUUUAACUAUUAUAUAUUUUUUAUAUUAUUUUUUAAGAAGAUUAAUCAUUAAUAUAUGAGAUUUAAAUAUAAAAUUUUAG